AUGCAAACUAGAAAUACUUUUUCUUGGAUAAAGGAACAUAUUACUCGAUCUAUUUCCGUAUCGCUCAUGAUAUAUAUCAUAACUCGGACAUCCGUUUCAAGUGCAUAUCCCAUUUUUGCGCAGCAGGGUUAUGAAAAUCCACGAGAAGCAACCGGGCGUAUUGUAUGUGCCAAUUGUCAUUUAGCUAAUAAGCCUGUUGAUAUUGAGGUUCCACAAGCAGUACUUCCUGAUACUGUAUUUGAAGCGGUUGUUCGAAUUCCUUAUGAUAAGCAAGUGAAACAAGUCCUUGCUAAUGGUAAGAAAGGGGGUUUGAAUGUGGGGGCUGUUCUUAUUUUACCGGAAGGGUUUGAAUUAGCUCCUUCCGAUCGUAUUUCUCCCGAGAUGAAAGAAAAGAUAGGAAAUUUGUCUUUUCAGAGCUACCGCCCUAAAAAAAAUAUUCUUGUAAUAGGGCCUGUCCCCGGCCAGAAAUAUAGUGAAAUCACCUUUCCUAUUCUUUCCCCAGACCCCACUACUAAGAAAGAUGCUCACUUCUUGAAAUAUCCUAUAUAUGUAGGAGGAAAGGGAAGGGGCCAGAUUUAUCCCGACGGAAGCAAGAGUAACAAUACAGUUUAUAAUGCUACAGGAGCGGGCAUAGUAAGCAAAAUCAUACGAAAAGAAAAAGGGGGAUAUGAAAUAACCAUAACAGAUCCAUCGGAUGGACGUCAAGUGGUUGAUAUUAUCCCUCCAGGACCAGAAGUUCUUGUUUCAGAGGGUGAAUCCAUCAAAUUGGAUCAACCAUUAACGAGUAAUCCUAAUGUGGGUGGAUUUGCAGGAGAUGCAGAAAUAGUACUUCAAGAUCCAUUACGUGUCCAAGGUCUUUUGGUCUUCUUGGCAUCUGUUAUUUUGGCACAAAUAUUUUUGGUUCUUAAAAAGAAACAGUUCGAGAAGGUUCAAUUGGCCGAAAUGAAUUUCUAG